GUCUCCUCACUCCUCAGCCUUCACUCACUCACUCACGCACACUCUAUCGCUCUCUGCAACUAAAGCUUCUCCAAUGGCAGAAUCGUAAAUCUUUUCUCUCAGUGCUCGUUCUCUUCAUUGAAAAACCAUUUUUCUUCGAUUUUGUUUGUUUAGAUCAUUCAAUAUUUUCAUUCCCUGUUUCAGCGAUUUUCUACUUCGGUCACUCCACUGAAAUCUCUGUUUUUUUUUGCUAUUUUUAUGCUUUAAUGGUGGAAGCAAUGUAAUGUAGCAGAUUUAGUGUUUAAUUCCUUCGAUUUCACUGCUUUUGUUAACGGAGUGACUUUGAUCUUUAGCUUCUUUGUUGGUUUUACUGAGAAUAACGUAGCUUCAUUGAUUCCUUUCGUGGAUCGGUCGGGGUGAAGAAAAUAAAGAACAGAAAAGUAACUUCGCUUUUCUUUCUUUACUGAUGUGUGAGCUUCUUUAAUGGGACCAAUGUGAAUAACAAGAGAUAUAUUGAUUCCUUUCUUCGAUUGCAUUGGUAGAAAUCAAGGCUUUCUUCAAAUUUUAUGCUGUUUCAGAUGCUUUAUGGCAGCAAAUGUAAAUAGCAACUUCGGAGAGUGGAUCACUUGAUCUCUCUGUUGGAGACUCCAAGUAUUUAGACCUUCUACGGUUCCAUAGCUGCCAUUGGAUCUACAAUAAUGACGGUGAUGGAGUUCAGUUGCACAUUUUUUGUGCUUUUUGGCCUUUUUGUCUUCGGGAAGGCUGAGCUUUACAUAGUGACCAUGGAGGGGGAACCCGUAGUGAGUUACAGAGGAGGAGUUGAAGGUUUUGAGGCCACUGCUGCUGAGUCUGAUGAAAAGAUUGAUGUGACCAGUGAAUCAGUGACAUCCUACUCCCGUCACCUUGAAAAGAAACAUGAUAUGCUUCUUGGCUUGUUGUUUGAACAUGGGACGUACGAGAAGCUCUACAGCUACCGACAUCUUAUCAAUGGUUUUUCUGUUCACAUUUCCCCUGAACAGGCAGAAGCCCUUAGAAGGGCUCCUGGUGUGAAGUCUGUGGAGAGAGAUUGGAAGGUCAGGAGACUUACAACACAUACCCCACAGUUUUUGGGGCUUCCAACCGGAGUAUGGCCGACUGGAGGGGGUUAUGACAGGGCAGGAGAAGAUAUUGUGAUUGGCUUUGUCGACUCUGGGAUAUACCCAGAACAUCCGAGCUUUUCAAUGCACAAUACUGAUCCAUAUGGCCCUGUUCCUCAUUACAGAGGGAAAUGUGAAGUUGAUCCAAACACGAAGAAGAGCUUCUGCAAUGGGAAGAUUGUCGGAGCUCAACAUUUUGCAGCAGCUGCAAUUGCUGCUGGAGCAUUUAACCCUGCAAUUGAUUUUGCAUCGCCUUUGGAUGGUGAUGGACAUGGAAGUCACACAGCAGCAAUUGCGGCUGGUAAUAAUGGAAUUCCAGUGCGAAUGCAUGGAUAUGAAUUUGGGAAAGCAAGUGGGAUGGCUCCGCGUGCCAGGAUUGCUGUCUACAAAGCACUCUACAGGAUUUUUGGAGGCUUUGUUUCUGAUGUAGUGGCUGCCAUUGAGCAGGCUGUUCAGGAUGGUGUAGACAUUCUCAAUCUCUCAGUGGGAGCAAACAGUCCUCCAGCAACAACCAGGAUCACUUUUUUAAACCCUUUUGAUGCCUCGCUUCUUUCUGCUGUGAAAGCUGGAGUUUUUGUUGCACAAGCAGCUGGAAAUGGUGGUCCUUUCCCCAAAACUAUGUUGUCUUACAGUCCAUGGAUAGCAUCCAUAGCUGCUGCUAUUGAUGAUCGCAGAUACAAAAAUCAUUUGACACUGGGAAAUGGCAAGAUCUUACCUGGGAUUGGUUUGUCACCUGCUACACAUUUGAAUCAAAGUUUCACUCUGGUCGCAGCCAAUGAUGUAAUGCUGGAUUCGUCUGUUAUGAAGUAUGGCCCUACAGACUGCCAAAAUCCUGAUGUUUUGAACAAAAAUUUGGUGAAGGGCAACAUUCUUCUCUGUGGGUAUUCAUUCAACUUUGUUGUUUGUACUGCAUCAAUCAAGAAAGUUUCAGAAACGGCUAAGAGCCUUGGUGCAGCUGGUUUUGUUCUUGCUGUAGAAAAUGUUUCUCCAGGAACCAAAUUUGAUCCUGUUCCAGUUGGUAUUCCUGGUAUUCUCAUCACAGAUGUCAGCAAAUCAAUGGACCUUAUAGACUAUUAUAACAUCUCUACGUCAAGAGACUGGACUGGCCGAGUGAGGAACUUUAAAGCUAAUGGUAACAUUGGGAAUGGUUUGAUGCCUAUACUCUACAAAUCAGCACCUCAGGUGGCACUAUUCUCUGCUCGAGGGCCAGAUAUUAAAGAUUACAGCUUUCAAGACGCUGAUGUUCUCAAGCCAGAUAUUCUUGCUCCUGGAUCUCUUAUCUGGGCAGCAUGGUCCCCAAAUGGAACAGAUGAGUGUAAUUUUCUAGGAGAAGAAUUUGCUAUGAUAUCGGGAACUAGCAUGGCAGCACCACAUAUAUCUGGGAUAGCAGCUCUUGUGAAGCAGAAACAUCCGCAUUGGAGUCCAGCAGCAAUAAAAUCUGCCUUAAUGACAACAUCAACGACAUUGGAUCGAGCAGGCAGACCUCUUCAAGCCAUGCAAUAUUCUGGUUCUGAAACCACGAUGCUUGUGACUGCUACGCCAUUUGACUAUGGAAGUGGCCAUGUCCAUCCAAGCGCGGCUUUGGAUCCUGGACUCAUCUUUGAUGCGGGUUAUGAAGACUAUGUGAGAUUCUUGUGUUCAACACCAGGCAUUGAUCCUCAUGAGAUCAGGAACUACACUAGUGCUUCCUGCAACUCUACCAGUGGCUAUGCAUCUGAUCUCAACAGUCCGUCGAUCACUGUUUCCCAUCUUGUGGGGACUCGCACUAUUACUCGUACGGUCACAAAUGUUGCUGAGGAAGAAACUUACGUCAUCUCGACCAGGAUGGCACCAGAGAUAGCCAUUGAAGCUAGCCCUCCAGCUAUGACUCUGCUACCUGGUGCAUCACGGAAGUUCUUAGUGACUCUCACCGUUAGAUCGUUGACUGGGUCCUAUAGCUUUGGAGAGGUCUUAAUGAAAGGCAGCAGGGGUCACAAGGUGAGGAUCCCAGUGGUAGCUAUGGGCUACCAGCAUUAGUUGGUUUAUAUAUACUAUGCGAGAGCCUGAGAGGGUUAUGAUAUUCUUUGUAGUCUGAUAAAAUAAAAUAUAGGAGAAAUAUAUAACAUAUAUAGAAAAGAUGUAAAGCAUAUUUAAGGGGGAAGCUCCUUGUUUCCACUUCUAAGUUCUGCAACCUUUGGUAAAUGUCAUGUUGCUCUUUUGCUGAUA